AUGGGUUCUUGCACUCCAUCUAUUUGUAAAGUUGAUGCCAACUUGCAGGAUUUCAAAUCCUUGGCUAAGCCUAGCAAUUGGGUUGAUCUCUAUCUGAAUGAAAGUGAAAAAUCGAAACCUGCAAACGUGGGAAGCACAUUGAGCAACUACUCCAACACCAUCCAACUCACUAACGAAGAGUACAUAUGCUACCAAUUUUCACACGAGUACUCGGUAUUGUCGCUAUACCCCUUAGGUGAUACUUUUGCCGGCAGAACACUGAAAGUGCACCUUCCUGAGCGCCUAUUCAAUAUGCACCAUACUUUCACUAUCAGAGAAGUGGGGGCUCAAUUGCUCAUGGAAAUGAUUUUGGGCGACGGCUUGUAUAUGAUGGUUAGUUUUCCUGUGAAUUGCAUUUUAGAUAAAGUUACUGAGAUUCCUGGAAACUGGUUUGUGGUAAUGAACCCGUAUGAUUUUUCAAUUAGACGUCCCCAGUACAUGCAAUCGGUUGCUCAAGACUACACAAUUGUUUUCCUCGAAGAUGGGGGACUUCUGGGCUUGAAAAGAAGUGCGAAUGAGCGUGGUGAAAUUGACGUGGCACCAAUAUUAUUCAAUGACAAUAGUUAUCUACAGGGCUUGAGCAAAUUCUUCUUCUCUAAGCAAAACGCUUCACAGGACAGCAAUGUCGUAAGCUGUACACUGUAUCGAGAGCGCUACUUGAUAACCCUGACUCAAAGUUGUAGAAUGAAGGUGUGGGAUCUCGAGAAACAAGCUGUGACGUUUGAGAGACAAUUAGCCUCUGAUCACAAGCAUAUCAACAGAAUGUACGAAACAUUAGGCCAGUUUUUGUCCCUCUUCGAAGACAAACUUGCCGUAUUUUUGCCCUUCGAAAAUGGACUUUUUCAAGUGUGGGACUUACGACUAGACAGCAACGGUGGUCUGCUGCUGAAGCCCGGCUGCAUCUAUCCUUGUAACCUCUCUUCAUCCUCCAUUUGGUCGCUAGUGGAUAUGAAACUUACGAGACCUCUCGAGGCACUUGAGCAAAUGAACUAUAUGAGCAUCGUCGUCCUGUGGAAAAGUAACUGUGCUAUGAAACUUCAGAUACUAACAUUUCUUCAAGACAGUGGGGAUGAUUACCAAUGGGUAGAGGCUACAAAUCAGUUGCACAUGGAUUUGCGUGGAGAGUUAAACUUCGUAAGGGAAGGUGAUACGAGCCGGGCAUUGAUGAAUCUCAAGUCGGCAUAUGACUCCGAGCUUUUCAAGCAAGCUGAGAACAUACUGAGCGAAAAUCAGGUGCUCGUGUCUCCAGAGUCUCCACAUAAUAACGAGUAUUUGCUAAACUUGGAGUCUGUUCUGAAGGAUCUUAAAAAACAAAACGACGAGCCAUCGUCACUCACGCUAUAUCAAAAUGACCUUUUGUUGGUUAACUCCUUGUCACUGUACUCUCAUUCGCUCUACAAAGUCGGCACAUCUUUAGAAUGCACCUUCCACAGCCUCAAUCAGGAAGCCAAUCCUACGGAUACGCUAACGAGCUUUAUGCAGAUCAUUGAUGGGUUUGCUGCCACGAUACCGUCGCAAGUCCUCGUGGAUGUUUCGCACUGUCUAAUUGAAGCUGUGACAACUAGUUUCCCUACGCAAAUUCCGAUGAAGAACAUGUUUUCGAAACUGUUCUCCCGGCACUUGGAUGGGCAGUUUCAAAUGAGUAAUCUCAAAAAGUUGCUAGAGGACCUCAAUCACAUCGACGUUGUUACCGUCUUAGGGAGCUUCAUCGAGAAAACGCUACAAAAACAGGAACUGAACCAUUUGCUCGUCGAUUCCCUUUAUCCCAAUGCUCUUAUGAACGUAGCCGUUCUAGAAAGCACGCAUCAGGUUAUUUUGAUUCAGAAUUCCUUUAUCUGCAAGAUUUUGCUGAUAUUCGCCUUCCUGGAGUUUGAUUACACAACAUUUUACUCACAAUUGGAGACACUGCUCGGGCUGCAUUACAAGCAACAGCUGUGGAUUCACCUAUACCAGCUCGACAAAAAUACGCUAGCGUCCGAAAUGUUCACCAGAACCAGCAAAUUCGGUAAUGGCCACAAAAUAACAUCAUACGCCGAUUGGUCUUCGGCUCAAACAGUUAUACUUAAAGAGCUCUACGACAUGGCCAUCUCCCCGAACCCGCUUUUUAUUGAGAGCUUUGACGCUUUCGUCAUUUCUGGGACCCGAAGCCUGAAAAAGAGCGAACUGUAUCUGACAACAAUUCAGAGUAAGUUCUAUAUUCAUUCAAAUGUUGCACACGAGUUUAUGCUUGGACUGGCAUUUUUUGUGUGCGGGAUGUAUGAGCGCGCCUUUGACUUUCUUCAGAAACACCCUUACCCAGAUACACUGCUCAAGGAACUUCCCGAUAAUCUUUACAUUCCUCUUCAGAAAGAUGGGCAUAUGUGGCGCGACGUUAUUGGUUCUUUCAAAUUACCAAAUAAACACGCAGCAUAUUAUUUCAAUCUCUCAAGGCUAUUCUCAGUUGCAAACAGUUAUGAGUAUGCUCUUAGAUGUGCUAAAAGGUCUAUUAAGUUUUCUGCCGAGCUUGAGAACAACGAAGAAACGCAGGACUUCAAAAGCGCUCAGCUGCUUCAGUAUCUGAACAUUCUAAUUGUGUUUUCCAAUUUUGAAGAGAUCAUGGAUGUUCUUCGCUGUAGCCCUGAAAUUAUCUCUGAAACUGUCAAAACCUCUUACUACAGCAAAAUGCAGAAAAAUGUUUUGCACAAGGAUGCAUUUUUCUCUACUCUUCUGAAGCUAUGUGAAAAGUCUGAGGGCUUAUACCUGCCUACCCAGGAUUAUAAUCUGAUAGACAAAAUAUUAUGUGAGGAACUUUCAGUCGAAAACUGGAUCACAUUCAAAAAGGCAUACGCCUUCAGAUUGAUGAACGGACAGGAUCGGUCUGCUGCAGAAGUGCUAUAUGGCUAUAUUACAAGUGGAAAAGAUGUUGACAUCAAGAGGAAAUGUUUCCUUCUGAUCAUAAACAUUAUGAGCGGAUUUACAGAAGAAAAAGACCGCUGGUUUCUUGCAGACAGCCAUUUAGUGAAGCUUGAUGAUUUGAAAUCAGGACUCGAUAGACUAGAAGGCAAUUAA